UUUGAAGUUUGGUCGCCAUUAUUAUUCGUGUAUUUUUAGUAUUGUGUUAGUGUAAUUUGGUGGACGCCAUUUUAAUUUUAAUAUGGCGUCAACUGAUUAUAUGACAGAUGUCGGUUUGCAGCAAAACAUACAAGAGAUCGAAAUCGAAUCGAUUCCGGUAGAAAUUCCAUGCGAAACUGUUGAAACGAGUAUUUACGAAAGCCAGCCAAUGCUCGCUAUUCCACCUAGUAUGCACGCCAGCCAGGAAAUAAUUCUGCAACCGAAGCAAGAAAUAAUACAAGUUGAUAAUCUAAGUACGUACGAAACUAUUCCGGUAAGCGGUGAAAUAUUCGGUGAUACGACUCCGGGACCUUCGAAAAUACAAAGAAAAUUCAAGAAAGUCAACCGUUUCAACAACGACGAUCAUUUUAUGUCGCAAGAAGUCACUUUUACCGAUUCCAAACCUAAAAAAUGGGAACAAAAACAAGUCCAAAUUCGGACUCUAGAAGGCGAAUUUUCCGUUACUAUGUGGGCUUCCGGAGCUGAUGAUGACGAAUGCAGUAAUCCAGAACCCGAACAAGAAUACGAAGAAUACAAAGAGUACGUCGACGAUAGAAAAUUCGCCGUUGAAAACAUACCAGGGUUAGAUCUCAGCGAUCCCAAACAGCUGGCAGAAUUCGCUCGGCCUCGAAUGAGAGUGAAAAAAGACGCAGUCACUGAAAGCCUCGAUCGUACUAUCGCUUGUCCUCAAAAAGGCUGUAAUAAAAUGUUCCGCGAUAAUUCCGCAAUGAGGAAACAUCUUCAUACUCACGGUCCUCGUGUUCACGUCUGCGCCGAAUGUGGAAAAGCAUUCGUCGAAAGUUCGAAAUUAAAAAGACAUCAACUCGUUCAUACGGGCGAAAAACCAUUUCAGUGUACUUUCGAAGGCUGUGGGAAGAGAUUCUCGCUGGAUUUCAAUCUUCGAACCCAUGUCCGAAUUCAUACUGGUGAUAGACCUUACGUGUGUCCUUUCGACGGCUGUAAUAAGAAAUUCGCCCAAUCUACGAAUUUAAAGUCUCAUAUUUUAACUCACGCCAAAUCAAAACCGAGGCAAAUAAAUCGAUCAGUCAGCAUACCUACGAACGAAUCUCCACCUCAGUUUGUACAAGUCGAUGUUCCUGAAGAUCCACCUCAGCAUUUCAUCGUUUAUGCCGAAUAAAAUUGAAGAUUCAAUUCUCGAAUCCGUCAAAGUUCUCGCCGAUGGCAAAUUCAACCAAUUUGAUCAACUAUGACACGAGAACGUGAAGAUGUACCCAGUGUUGAAGAAUUUUAAAAGUGAUACAUUCUGACCGAAGCAUUUUAAGUGUUUUCGAAUCAACAAAAAUUUGAACAAAAAAAAAAACGAUACGGAUAACCUAAUUUCGGCCAAGUUUUCUCUUUUUCUAGAGAUCUUCGAAUCCAUGAAGGAUUACGAAACCGCUUCUUCUUAAAGUUCAACUCGCGAGUUAAUUUAAAUUCACAAUCUAAAAAAGGGAAAACUUUCGGACUUUUUUUUCUUCUUUUUUUCCGUAAUAAAAAAAAAACAAGGUGAUAUUACUUUUAAAAUCCUGCAAAGUACAAAAUAGUGUUAUGAGAGCGAAAUGAUAUCUGCGUGGCAUUAUAGUUGAUUGCCUGUGAUGUUUACAGUUUAAUAAGCCUGAUUUUUUUGUCUUUUUUUUCCAAUAUACCUACCAUUGAGGUAUAUUCGACAUUCUAAUUCUUAUUUUAUAUUUCACUGUAUAAACGAUAAGGUGUAUAUUGAAGAAUUUUUUUAUUAGUAAAAUAUAAGUUACAUUUAAGGAAUGUAUUUUUUAAUCGAGAUUUAAUUUUUUUAAGCGUUUUUCUUUUUUUUUCUACUUUGUAUGUAUGUAUUACGUAAUUGACGCGUGUGUAAGUUUUUGUAAUCACUUUUUAAAAAUCAAAAAAUCACCUCAUGGGAAGUACGUAUAAUAAUUUUCGUUGUAUUCGUAGAUCGUGGAAUCGCGUUCAUCUACCUUCGGUGCCAUUUUAAUAUUAGGGUUUUUGUUUUUCGGUUCUUAUUCUUCCUCCUCCUCCUACUUUUUUUUUUACUAUGGCGAAUGUGCACCUCACACACACACACGCAGAAUAUUGAAAUGAAAAAACGAUGAGAUCCCAUAUCAAAUUCGGGCGUACAGGGUUUGUAAUAGGUUACUUUUUUAUGUUUACUCGAUAAGCUGUUUAAUAUUGGUUUUUAUUUUGUUUUUCGUCUGCAGAAAUUUCGUAUUAUUUUUGAAAAGCUGGUUUGGUUGAUCCGAUGAUCAUUUUGAAUUUCGUUUUGGUGCUGCGUGCCGUAGGGUUCGAUGAGAUUACUCAAUAUUGCAAACAUUAUACGUCUGUAUAUAAUUCCGGAAAAGCGAAGCCGCAGUCGAUAAUAUCUGCAUGCUUAUGUACAAGUUUAGUUACCGAUAUUCAAUAGUCGAAUAGAAUGGGAUAGUUGGUUUUCGUAAAAAGAUUCUCAUAUACAGAGGGAAUUCUUUAGUACGAAGAACUUACAUACUAUGAUAAUAAUGUACUAACGUGAGACGCGACGAAUAGAUUCUUUUUUUAAUUAUCGUACUGGCUUGCUCAAUUUUUAAACAUUCAUUUUCAUUUCAACUUCUCUCGUUAUUUGCAUAAGUUAGUGAGUAAGUUACGUAUGCGUUGGCCUAUUAAUAAAUUUUGUUUCAAGACUGAG